AAAAUUUAAAAUGGAAGCUGCAUUUGAAUUAAAUGAUGUUCUUAUACACCUUGGAAUGAUAAAUGCAUUUAGUGAUAGCAAAGCAGAUUUUACUGGUAUUGUCAGUCAACAAGAUGAUAGAAAUGGUUCGGAAGCUGCAGCUGCUACGGCUGUUAUUAUGAAAACAAAGUCACUAUCAAUACGUCGAACACCUGAUCCAAUCGAAUUCAAAGCUGAUCGACCAUUUUUAUUCUUCAUUCGUGAAAGUCGACAGAAUAUUGUUUUAUUUAGUGGCAAAUUUGUUUCGCCACCAACAACUUCAUAA